CGCUCUACAGUCAUCACAGUAUGAGGAUCGCAGAGAACAAGUACCGUCAGAGAUGAAGACGCCUCCGGACCGAUCGGGAAUCAUAUUUGAGGUCGGAGCCAAGCUAGAAGCCCGAGACCGCCAGAAGAACUGGUACACGGCCACCAUCGAGAAGAUUGACUAUGACAAAGAGCGGAUCCUGAUCCACUACCAACAGUGGAGCCGCAGACACGAUGAGUGGUUCCAGUGGAACUCGCCGUACCUGCGGCCGAUGGAGCGAGUCAGCCUGAGGAGGCAGGGCCUGAAUCCACCGCAGUCUCAACCGAUGUUUGUUUCAGGUACGAAGGUUCUGGCCUGUUGGACCGACUGUCGUUUCUACCCUGCCAAAAUCCUCCGGGUCAACAAAGACGACUCCUACACAGUGCGUUUUUAUGAUGGCGUAGUUCGGACUGUGAAGCCCACCAAGGUCAAACCUUUCCAGGAAAAGUCCAGAUCUGAGAAGAGUGCUGUGGGAAGUGAGGGAUGGGAGGAGGGUGAGAGUGAGGAGGAGGAAGGAGGAGAAAGAGAGGAAGAAGAGGAGGAGAAAAGGGGGGAAGAGGAGGCAGCAGAGAAGGUUACAACAGAGGAGAAGGCUGGAGCUGAAGAGAGGGGGGAGGAGGACAGGAAGAGGAAGGCAGAACCUUUAUCUUCCAUUCCACCAGCGAAGAAGAAAACCGAUGACAGCAGAAGCAGCGGAAUGCAGAAUCAGCCAAUCACAGCUGACUCCACCCCCCUGCCAGCUCCUAACCCUGGCCACAUAGACAGAGAUGUCCUGUUGGAGCGUCAGGCUCACCUUCCCACCACACACAAGUUCAGCAGAGAACCAUUGUACAGGGUGAUAAAGAACCAGCCUCCACCCAUCCUCUCCAUUGAGCUGGACCACAACCCCUUCAAGUGCCCCGCUCCCGGGUGCACCAAGUCGUUCAGGAAGGCGAGCCUGCUGCACUACCACAUCAAGUACUACCACUCCGACCAGCAGCUGGACGAGCGUAGCAGCACAGAGGAGGCCGUGAGGAGGAAGCAGUCUUUCUCAGAGGGGGGCGACUUCAUGUCAGAGAGAAGGAGUGAGAACUCGACCAGCAGAGAGCAUAGCAUCAUGGGAACAGUAGAAGUGAAGAAGGAUGGAGGGAAGGAGAAAACAGGAGGACUGGACAAAAAGGAGAGGAAGAACUUCCUGAGAAUCAAACUGAAGAAGAAGAAAAAGAAGAAGAAGAAGAAGAAAAGUCAGACAGGAUUCUGCAGCAGUGAUGAUGAGAACUCAGACAGACCUCCGAUUACGCUGAAGCUUUCGACCGAACAUCACGACGCACACGUGCAAGCCGAUGACGGCAGCGACUGGUCAACGCUAACAGCAGAGAGUGGAGAGGACACGCCCUCCUGGCCUGUUGGCACGGAGACAGAGGACUGUGAGGUGGUGCGGUGUGUGUGCGAGGUGGACGAGGAGAAUGACUUCAUGAUCCAGUGCGAGUCGUGUCUGUGCUGGCAGCAUGGCACUUGUAUGGGUUUAUAUGAAGACAACGUCCCACACAACUACAUCUGCUACUGCUGCAGACAGACUGCAGGUUGGCGGCAUGCUCAGCGUUUCCUGUCUGAGCCCAAUUUGCUGAAAUCUGGUCACAUGUUUGGCCUGUCGUGUGUGAAAGAGAACUACUCCGAGAUCAACGCCUCCAAGAUUUCGCACACCAGCCACCUGCUGGCGCACACGUACGGCAUCAGUCAGGUCCUCAGCGCCCUGCAGCUCAAAAUCAGCCUGUUGCACUCGCCCUCCCACCCUGACCAGCAGCUGUGGAGGUUGCCUUGGAGGCAGGAAGAGAGCCAAAGACUGACGUCCAGCCCGAGAGGAGAGCCGCCCAUCUGCUACGUCAGCAGCGAGCACUGCUACCAGAAGCCCGGAGCAUCCUGGGAAAAACCAGAGCAGAGGCCGACGGUGAAGCAGGAACACAGCAGCGAGGAGAAGGAAAUAAAACCUGAAGAUGUCGACAAGAAAGCAGCUGAUGGCGCCGCAGAUAAAAACACCGCAGCGCUCACAGACACGCACAACAUAAAAACGGAGAACCACGCACACACGGACGGCGGCGAGCAAACGCACACUCGGACGCACGCGCCGGUGCCUCGUGCGGCGCCUGUGGCCGAGUGUCAGCUGAACCUGCUGGAGCACAUCGAGUCUCUCCACCAGCAGAUCAGCGCCAGGAUGGACGUCAUCGAGAGAGAGCUGGACGUUUUAGAGUCCUGGUUGGACCACUCCGGCGAGCUCGAGCCCCCUGAUCCACUGUCCCGCCUCCCGCAGCUCAAACAGCGAAUCAGGCGGCUGCUGUGCGACUUGUGCAUCGUGAGGCGCCUGUCGGUCUGCCGCUGACCGCUUUCACUCCGAACUCUGACGAGACAAAGAGUGUGAAACUGAGUCUGGAAGAGACGGCUGUGGUUUGUUUCCUUGCAGUCAUGGGACAGCGCCCCCCUGUGAUGGAGAAAAGUGCUCUGCAAUAUGAUGGCGAGUUUUUUUUCUUUGUUUUUUAAAUAUAAAGCAACAGUUUCACAAAGAUACCCGAACGUCCCCGAAAUGCCCUCCAGCAGGACUCCAGCAUGUCUGACCACCAGGUGAUGACAGAUUAUUGAUCAGCUGUCAUCGGUAUCACUGGGAUGGGAUAACGUUUGUGUGUUUGGAGGCUGAACUAACUCAGCUUUUGUUCAGCUCAUUGUUUUUCUCUCAGCCAGCAUCAAAAUAUAACAACGUACAAACGCACACAAAGGAUUUGGAUAAUCGUUGGAUAUUUGCACUAAUAUUAAUACUAAUAAUUGUUUGCUUUUAAGACUCUUGGAGGUCUGAUGAGACCAGAAGGUUUUUCUUAAAGCUUGGUGACCACUCACUGCCAGCUGACCCGGUGUUAGUCAGUCACCGCGGCUCUCAGAGCUUCUUUGUUUUUUGGUUUGGUUUUCAUCAUUUCAUUCACCAGUGAAGAGAGAAAAAACUCUAAGGUAACUUAAAGAAAAGCUGUAGUAUUUUUAAAUCACGUUCCCAUUUUUUUUUUUUUUUGUCUAAAUUAUUAACAGGAAAAAAGUUUGAUCAGUUCGUUAUGGAGCAAGAACACCAAUACCUGCAACUACAAAACAGCUUCAGUGAUCCGCCGCAGGGGAAAUGUCCUUCAAAAUAAAAGCAGCUUUAUUUAGGUGACUGCCCAGGUUUACUGCAGGACAAUCUCCUUGCUUUUAUUCUGUUCAGCUGCUGUUCCGUUGUUCUAUCUGUGAUUGCUGAUAACCAGUUAAUGCAGUGAGCUGUGCCCAGAGGUGAAGCUUUCGGUUAGCAGUUGUUCUACAGUCCGACCUUCGCUCAUGGCCAUGCUCCUGGUCAGGAGUGUCAUGCACAUUCAGGGCCACACUGUGAAGUGACGGUCACACUGAGGGCUGGCCUUAUACAGGUCUUUGAUAUGGUUCAGAUUUCAUGUUCAUAAAUCCCUGAACCAGUCAAAGAAGUCCCUGCAGGAGGUCAUCACUGUGCCGACUGCAGUAACAACCAGACAAAACUUAAAGUGCAGAGCGACGGCCAUGGUUUGGCCCACGGGCCAUGGUUUUCACCUGUGCUCUAGGCCUUGACCGAAGGAAUGAUGUCACAGAUACAUGCAGCCGAAAUGAGUUUCCCCUAAAGAAUGGCUGGGCUCAGCGUAGAGAGAAGGUGAGGAGCUGUGGCGUCCCGAGGGAGCUCAGACCUUCAUGUCUAAAGGAGCCAGCUGAGGUGGUUCAGUCAUGUUAUUGGGAUGCCUCCUUGGCACCCCCCCGGGAUGUUUUCAAGUAUGCUGAACUAGGCGGAGACAUUUCAUGUAGCCUGGAGGCACCUCAGGAUCCCCCAGGAGAACUUUGCAGAGCAUAAGAACGUCUGGAAUACCUGCUCAGCCGGCUGCCACUGCAGCCUGAUUUAGGAUUGGCAGAAGAAAGUGUGCAGAUGGAGGGAAGAAUGGAUGAAUAAGGCCAAGGUUAACAAAUACUGAGCUUUUCCUUUAACGAGCUAGCUGCCUCAGUUAAUUUGAAGUCUGUAGGGUUAUUUAACCCUUCUGGACUCACAGCUAAAAAAGUUCUGCUUCUAUAUUUUGACUCUUUCAGCAUCAACAAAUUUAUCAUUUAAAAGCACAAAAACUCGGCAUCAAACGGUGUGAACCACUUUACAGACGCCACAGUAGCUCUUUGUAAUCAUAUUUGUGCUUAAACAAAAACGUGGUUUCUCACCUCUCUGUUCACUGUGCUGCUGAAUCCAGCGAACAAAAUGCUUCCAAGCUUUCAGUGUUUUUAGUGGAAAAACAGGGUGAGUGUUGAGGGGUUAAAGACAUGCAGCAGAAAAGGUUUAGGAAAAUAAAUGGAUGACAGCACAAAGCUUUCGGUGCUUCCUCUGCAGAGUUGAUGUGCACAGUUUUCUCCUCCUCCUGUCUUUAUUUGUUUGAUUCUGUGUGAAACAAACUGUUUCAGCUCCUCUGCCUUUAAGGCAGCUCUCCUCUGAUUGGUUGCCCCUCUUAAACGUAAGAUUUGGACAGCAGGUGGGUGGGGUUUCUGUGUCUGAGAUGACCAUAUUAGGAAUCUCCCCUCUCUGCAUCAUACAGAUCCAAGCAUAGAAAAAACUGCCUGAACUCUGAGCUUUGGCUCACAGGGAUUGCUGUACAUACACUCCUCUCAUUAGUAGAAGCUUUGUCACGUUUAAUAUGACCUUGACGGGAACAGGAAGUAUAUGACAGGAAAUGAGGAAAAGCAGAGUAAUUGUGUAUGUAUGAGUUUGUUUUCUUUCAGUUUAAUGUCAGUACAGUUGAACCUGAGUGUCCUGCACAGAAUUAACUUCAGGUGGAGAAAACUGCUGCUGUGUUUUAACCGUUGUUGGUCCCGGUGCAGUUUGCCAUUAAAAUAAACCGCUUUCUGUUGCAUCAAUCAACCCCAGCAGCUUUAAAAUGUACAUAUGUCCAAAUGAAGUUUUAUACUCUUGUACAAGAAGCUAACUGUAUAAAGCUGUAGAUUUUAUUUUGAUAGAAAGGCUGGCGUUGGCCCUGCAGUGGAAAGUGGAACUUUCCUGGAAAAAAAGUUGUUCGUUUCACGUUAUUCGUAGUUUUUCCUUCAGUGUCUCCUCACUCUGUGACAAACUCCCCGGCUCAGGCUGACGUGUUUUAAAGCCCACCUGUUGCUUCUCUUCACUUAUUUGUUUUGAGUUCGAUUCCCGUGCCUGCUCCAGAUGGUCCGAGCCGCAGUAGUUUAACUCACAGGGGCCUCUGGUUCUAUACACAGACUGUAUAUAAAAGAUGGACACAGAUAACGCAAAGUUGCCCACUGGUUCGUGAAAUCCAGCUGUUUUUCGGCAUCGUUAUGGUAGCUCUUUGUUACAUGAUGUAUUCCAACCAGAGGACUCAGCAUCUGCCGGUCAUCAGUCAGAAAACAGGUUUGAGGCAUUUCUGCUUUCUUUCAUUUACAGCCCCGGGUUUUCCUUUUUAUAUUCAUACUCUUGUUUGAAGCACGAGGAAAUGCAUUUCUGAGGAGUUGUAGCUUUGAUUAAAGUAAUAAAAUCCCAGUUGG